AUGUCAGAAAAAGCAGAAGUUGAUUUGACGAUGGCUAAGCAAAAUACUGGUGUGUGGCUGGUGAAGAUCCCCAAAUAUCUUUCUCAGCAGUGGGCCAAAGCAACUGGACGAGGAGAAGUAGGCAAACUGAAAAUCGAAAAGAAUCAAGGUAAAACAAUGGUGUCCUUCACGCUGAAUGAGGAGUUAACGACGGUUGACAGCAUUGGGGAGAAGGCAUCAUUAGUGCGAGUGCCUCAAGAGCACCCACUGACAGUGCAGAAUGUUGGAGGACACACUCUGGCUGUAUUUACUGAGGGAUCAGACAAGAUCGCUCUAGAAGGCAUGGUGGUACAGCGUGCUGAAUGCAGACCGGCUGUCAACGAGAACUACAUGAAACUGAAAAAACUUCAGAUUGAAGACUUAACCAAACCAGUGCGUCUCUCACAGCAGCUAGAGAAAGCAGUCACUACUAACUACAAACCUGUAUCCAAUCACACCUACAAUAUGGAGUAUGAGAAGAAAAAGAAAGAGGAGGGAAAGCGAACGAGGGCAGAUAAACAGAAGGUUCUGGAAAUGCUCUUCUGUGCCUUUGAGAAACACCAGUUCUACAACAUUAAAGACCUGGUAGACAUCACAAAGCAACCUGUGAUUUACCUGAAGGAGAUCCUGCGGGAGAUUGGGGUAUAUAAUGCACGGGGGCCAAACAAGAGUACCUGGGAACUCAAGCCAGAGUACCGUCAUUACCAGGAGGCUGAAGAAAAGGGAGAAGGGGAACACAAGACCGAUCGACAGGACUAG